AUGUAUUCUUCGGUGCCCAGUGCGCCUUGGAAUCCUACCACCUCAAUAACAUCCAUUGUACGAGAACGAACUUCAUCUACACAACCAGUUUCUCCAACAUCACCCACAUCUAGAGGUCGUCUAAGGGGUUUAAGUUAUUUACGAAGUUACACACACAAUCACAUAUUGUCAAGGGAUAGUCACAACCAUAAUAAUUCUUCAUCAAAUAACAAUAACAAUCAAAAUCAAAAUCAAAAUCAAAAUCAAAAUUCACGACCCACAAUCUCACGCACCACAAGUUAUCCUUCUACUACCGGUACAACUACUACUCCUUCAUCCCCCACGUCAGCAGCGAGUGCACCAUCUGCAACAGCCACUUCGCCUGCCACUUCUGCAACCGAAAUUCUCCCUCGUCAAAUUUCACUUACUGCACGAAGAUUCUCAACUACACCUGAGCUUACAUCUGCAGGAACGAAUAAUCAAGAAAAUUCAGCUUCUACAAGUGGGUGGUUACCGACAGUAGGAGGUCACAGCGGAGUAUCAAGAAUCGCAACUCAGCCACAAUCUACGGCCACUGCAUCUUCUUCAGCCGUGCUAUCAGCUAACGACCCAGCUGCGAUAACGUCUGGUCUUACGGCGUCGAUGGCAAGGACUCGAUCUGCAGGAACUGGAGGGGCAGCAGAUAUGCCUUUAAUCAAUACUUCAGGAGAUAGUAGUCCCGCACCUACAGGUGGGGCUAUGUCGCAUCAAUUACCAUCAAUUCGUUUCUCUCCGCAUCAAGAUCCUCGAGCUCAUCGUCCAUCCCUCGUAUUUGGUACCAUGAGUCGCACACUGCCGACAGGGAAGGAAAUUAUAAAGGUUGGUCGAUAUUCUGAACGGGAUAAUCAGCCCGCUCAUGCUACGAGUGUGCCAUCGUCUGCACCGGUAGGGUUCAAGUCAAAGGUGGUGAGCAGGCGUCAUUGUGAAUUUUGGUGUACUGGAGGCCGCUGGUAUAUCAAGGAUGUGGAAAGUUCCUCGGGCACAUUUCUCAAUCAUAUACGAUUAAGCUCCCCUGGCAAAGAAUCAAGACCAUAUCCAGUAAAUGAUGGUGAUAUAGUGCAAUUGGGCAUAGAUUUUAAAGGUGGCGAGGAAAUGAUAUUCAGAUGUGUCAAAAUACGAGUGGAACUGAAUAAAGGGUGGCAGACUGGUCCUAGCAGUUUCAAUGUACAAUCUCAUAAGCGUUUACGCGAGCUCAAUAAUAUUCAAAAGAAACAAUCAUCCGGUGGUUCGAGUAGCUCGAAUGGUUCGUCGCAAGAUUGCUCGAUUUGCCUUGGACCUAUAGCUCCUUGUCAAUCUUUGUUCGUCGCACCAUGUUCUCACACAUGGCAUUACAAAUGCAUUCGAGUUGUCAUCAACGGUCCUACCUGGCCUCAUUUCAUAUGUCCAAAUUGUCGUACGGUCGCAGAUCUCGAGGCAGAGCUUGACGAACCAGAUGGAGAUUGGGAGGAACUGGCCAUAUCUGAUGGGGAGGCGGAAGCGGUAGCGGAACCUGUAGCAACGCCCCAUAAAACCGAUCUUAAAACCGAGGAAGCGGCUAACCCACAGGCGAUUAAUACCACAGUCGCUCCAAGUCUACCAGAGCCGGAAACCUUUGAACCUCUGAAUAUGCAUCACAUCGAUGAUGACCUUGAUACCAGCGACGACUCCAGUACUGGUGCUCACAUCCAUGAAACCGGACUCGAAGACAUAGUCUUUCUUCACGUUAGCAACUCACCAGCCAGUUCAACUUCGGUCACACCAACUCCUCUAGCGAACAAUAAUUCUACCGUGUCACCCGUCGACAUUGUUACAAGGAAACCCCUUCCCAGCGCGUCAGCUACCUCGUCUUCCCGUGUGGAGCACAUCCGUGGUUCACCAACCCCUAAUGGAAUCCACCCUGCAUUGACAGAUCCUCUGACCGGUGAAGGUCCGAUGACACCCAGGAAUGAUGUUGGUCCUUUCAUUUUCGAUGGCGGUGCGGGUCGAACAAACGACAUCAGACUAGCGACUGGAGCGGGCAAUCUAGACUACGAUGAGAUCCCAACUACAGCUCGUUCGACACCACAUUCUGCUUUAUAG